AUGUUGGAUGGUGUGGUGGUGGUGGUACGGUGGUGGGGCGUGCUAGCAUGCAUGUUCUGUGCAACUGGCGGCAACAACUACAACGAGUGCGAGGGUUCUUCCGAAGAUGGGCAGGAGACCGGCGACGUCGCCGGCCUGCCUUCCGGCGAGGGCAAGCAGCUGACGAGCCAGCUCCUGGACAAGUACAGCGGCUACCUGAGAAGCCUCUGGAGGGAGCUCUCCGGGAAGAAGAAGAAGAGCGGCAGGCUGCCGAGGGAGGCGCGCCAGAGGCUCCUGCACUGGUGGCAUCUGCACCACGGAUGGCCCUACCCAUCGGAACCGGAGAAGCUGGCGUUGGCGGAGUCGACGGGGCUCGACACGAGGCAGAUCAACAACUGGUUCAUCAACCAGAGGAAGCGGCACUGGAGGCCGGCGCCGCCGGCGAUGGGUAGCAGGUUGCAGCACAUCGACGCCGGUGCUUCCAGCAGCAGCUCUCCUGCCGUCCUUGGGAUGGAAGGCCAGCAAUUCACCGGACGGAGUGGGUAUCCCGACGGUGGUCCGUUUUGAGACCCUAAUCAGUCGACUGCAUGCCCCGCAUCGUGUGCUAGCUCGCUACCAUUGUGCACGCGCGUAUGGAGUACAACACGCACGCGCUUCCGGACGUGCAUGCAGUAGAUUCAUUGCAAAGUGAAGUUUACAUGUGUAAUAAUGGAGCGUAAAUGAGAUCAACUUUUUUUAGGCAAAAUUGUAUGGAUCAUGGGGUUCGAGAAGCCAAAUGUGCCGCCCCUGAUCCAAUGAAUGUGAAAACUUGGCUAACCUAUCAACAUUGUCAAGGAGACGUAAUGGCAGAAGCUUGGUCAUUGCCUUGUAUACGUACCAUGCA